AUGACCGUGGAGGUCGAAGGAAUUGAAGAGAAAGACGGCAUUAAACUUCUUUUAAGCACCUCGCAAUACCUGGGGUUCUCUGGGUCAUCGCCACAGGAUUUUGAGAGCAUUGAAGAAGUGAGGGAGAUCGUCAAUCUCCUCGAAAGGUUACCUCUAGCAAUCGAGAUUGCAGGGGCUUAUAUUUUGCGUACAAGAUUGAAUCCUCGCCAAUUUCUCGAAACUUUGAAAGACCACAAAAGCAAAAUUCUUCAAGAAAUUCCUCGAGGUGCGCUUAAAAGAUAUGGAAAAGAUGUGUAUACAUCUUGGGACAUGUCUUUUAAUGACCUAAAAGAUAAAAAUCCCAACGCUAUUAAACGACUUCUUUUCUGUACCUUCAUGCACCACGGCGAAAUAUCCCUAGCGUUCCUUAGACGUGGGUGCAGACAACUCUCAUCAAUCAAAAGCGAAGAGGAAGAAGAAACCCCUCCACCUCUCGAAUGGCUGAAAAGCAUUGUGGAAGAUGCUGUUGAGUUUCAAAAAGCAACAGCGGAUUUAUUUUCUUAUUCGUUGGCAAGGGCAAAGAAUUUUAAACACUCGCGAGAUAGUUUUGAGAAAGACGAUGUCUUUUUUUCAAUCCACCCUCUGGUUCAUUUCUGGGCUCACGAGAAAUUGGUAGACGAAGACAAAGUACAAUAA